AAGAGCAUUCACAGCUUUGCAGCCUGAGGUUUGCUUUUAAACACACAGAGAGAGUCUGGAUUACAGUUUAACAUGUUGCUGGCUGUCGCAGUUCUGUGCAGUGUAGUGCUAUGGACGCACUCAUUCAACUCCUCUGAUAUUCAGCCCCAGCCGGACUUCGAGCUGGAACAGUUUACAGGUGAAUGGUAUCGUGUUGGCUGGGCUUAUGACCACCCAUUAGUUAUUGAACACAAAAACAAAUUUCUAAUCUCAAGAGGACAUCUGAUUGCUAAUGAAAAUGGAGGAGCCAACCUUACCAUGUGGACAAUGAAUAGCCUAAAGACUUGUGAAGUAAGUUCUUAUGUGUAUGAGAAGACAGAGCUUCCUGGAGUUUUUACUUAUUUCAGUCAAAGGCACAAGAUUGAAAAGGACAUUACAGUGGUGGAGACUAACUACACUGACUAUGGGGUCGUCCUGAAAUACAGGAAUAUGAAGAAAGAAUACACUCAGCUGGCUCUCUAUGGGAGAAAGCCAGAACUCAGGCCAGAGGUGGUAGAAAAUUUCAGAUCAUUUGCCUUGUCUAUUGGGUUUCCUGAGGAGGCCAUCAUUACACCAGUCAUUUUGGACCCAUGCCCUCUUCCAGAGCCAAGUAAUAGGACAAAACUGCUGGACUAGAAGAGUCAGUGUUCAUCUUUUCUUUGGUCACCAGUCUAUCUAAUCAUGUAGCAAUUAAGUAGUUUAAGUAGGACUGUUAUCAGGAUGUUAUCCACUUUGGGAAAGAAAAAUUCUGUGCAACUUUGUUGGUGCUUGCCAUUAUUUUCUAAUCAUGUUUAUUCCUAUUAUGUACAGUAAAUACUAAGUAAUAACAGUCUGAAGCAGUUAUAUACUGUUAAUUCUGUAAAUUUAUACUUGUGGAAUUUCUUAUUUGCCAUAAUCAUUUACAAAUAGUAAAAAAUUAUUGCAGUGUUAAUGUGUAGCCUGUGAUGUUUCUUCUUCUCAGCAGAGGUCAGUGUUGUAAAAUGCUCUAGACAGAUUCAGUGUCUCCACAGAGUUACCACUGUCCAGCUGUUUUCAACUGUUCUGGUCUGAGAGUUUACCUGAGAAAAUAAGACAUUAUCAUGGCCUUUUGUUCAGUUUGUCAUGAUUUUGCUUUAGGCUGCAUUUACCAGGGUUGCCAAGUCUCAAGUUUUCCCGUGGAAUUAUGCUAGUUUUUCUGUCUACUGGUUGGGUUUUAGCAGAUGUUAGAUUAGCUGUAUCAAACCUCUGCAAGACAAAUACUUAAGCUGAAAGGUUUUAUCAACCCUUAUGUUCUGUUCAGUACAAAAUGACCCAUUUUUAUUUUACUUAUGCUAAAAAUGAUUUCUACUUUAUGUGCAAAGGAAUUAUGUAAAUAAUCAAGUAAGAACAUCUUGAAUAGAGGCAAAUUUAACUACUCUUUCUCUUUGUUAGCCUAUUUCUUGAUGUUUUUACUCAUUUCAAACUUCAUAUUGUCUUAUUCCAUUGGCAAAUAAUUUUGCUUAUUUCAAAUGUUUAUUUAUAGAAACAAGCAAAAUGAUCUGAAUAUGAAUAAGACCAUUUUAAGCUUGAAAUAAAUACCUCAGAGAACUAGGUUUAAUGAUCUUAUAUUUGUUAUAACAAUGUGAUGAUAAGAAAUAUUACAUAGCACUUCUUCACUUGCCAUUUUUUGCCAUGUAUAAUACCACAAUGAUGUAGUAAGGUGUAUUAAAAAUAAUUGUAAAUGUGAAUCAUAAAGGUAAUAUUACCGCA